AUGGGUAUCUCUCGUGAUUCUCGCCACAAGCGCAGCGCCACCGGUGCCAAGCGCUCUUACUACCGCAAGAAGAGAGCUUUCGAGAAGGGUCGCCAGCCCGCCAACACUCGUAUUGGUACCAAGCGCAUCCACCUGGUCCGCACCCGUGGUGGUAACCAGAAGUUCCGUGCCCUCCGUCUCGAGUCCGGUAACUUCUCCUGGGGCUCCGAGGGUGUUGCCCGCAAGACCCGUGUCCUCGGUGUCUCUUUCCACCCCUCCAACAACGAGCUGGUCCGCACCAACACCCUGACCAAGUCCGCCGUUGUCCAGAUUGACGCUGCUCCUUUCCGUCAAUGGUACGAGGCCCACUACGGCCAGAGCAUCGGCCGUCGCCGCCAGGCUAAGACCGACGAGCCCGAGGAGAAGAAGAGCAAGUCUGUCACCAAGAAGCAGGCUGCUCGCUACGCCGACCAGGGCAAGGUUGAGGGUGCCAUCGAGCGCCAGUUCGAGUCCGGUCGCCUUUACGCUGUUGUUGCCUCCCGCCCCGGUCAGUCCGGCCGUGUCGACGGUUACAUCCUUGAGGGUGAGGAGUUGGCUUUCUACCAGAAGGCUAUCCGCAAGUAA